AUGACUGAUUUCUCAUUAAUAUCAGCUGUUAUCGCUGUCAUAUCGGUGUUGAUGCUCACUGUUCUCUAUCUGAACCGAUUGUUUGGUCCUAAACAGAAAACAGAGCAUGAUUCAAUCCUUGAUAAAAUACCUGGCAUGGCUCCAACUAGUUCUGAGGAAGGAAACAGUCUUGAUAUCACAGCUGCUGGAAGUAUUCACCAAUUUCUUGUAACAUUACACUCCAAAUAUGGACAUGUAGCUGUAUUUUGGCACAAGAGGAUUCGUGUCGUUAGUUUAGCAUCCCCAGAAGCAUGGAAGGAUGUCAUCAAAUUGUUUGAUAAACCAGAUACAAUUUUCGAAUUCGGCAAAUGUUUAGUUGGUUUGACAAGUAUACAGUAUGCACACGGAGACGAAGGAAAACAGCGACGUCACAUUUAUGACAAAUCAUUUACCUACGAGGCUGUUGGAAAUUACUACAGAAGUUUUCAAAAGGCUGCUGAUGAUGCAACUGAUAAAAUAGGAUUGCUUCCUCCCAAUGAUCAUAUAAACCUGACAGAGCACAUGUCCAUGUUUGCUUUGAAAGCUCUGAAUAGAGCUAUAUUCGGUGAUUUCUUCAAAGACGAUAAUAAUGCUAUUACAUUGUUGCGACAUUAUGAAAAAUUUGAUUUUCAGUAA